AUGCCCGCCCUCCAGCCUUACAGCGGCUCUGUUCGCAAGCUCGUCCUCGGGAUCGACGUCGGCACCACCUACUCCGGCAUCGCCUACGCCAUCCUCGACCCCGGCGAAGUUCCCGUUAUCCACGGCGUCACUCGCUUCCCCGGUCAAGAAAGCGCUGCGGGAGACUCCAAAAUCCCAUCUAUACUCUACUACAAGCCCGAUGGUUCCGUCGCGUGCGCCGGCGCCGAGGCCGCGCUCCCCGGUGUAGACCUCGAAGCCGAGGACAACGAUUACCGCUUCGUUGAAUGGUUCAAGCUGCACUUGCGCCCGGAGCGCCUCGACGCGGGCGAGAUCAAGCGGCGAGACCUCCCGGCGCUGCCGCGCGGCAAGACCGUCGUGGACGUCUUCGCGGACUUCCUCGCUUACCUCUUCCGGUGCGCGAAGCGCUACAUCUGCGAGACGCACGCGAACGGGGACUCGCUCUGGUCGUCGCUCGAAGACCGAAUCGAGUUCGUGCUCUCCCACCCGAAUGGCUGGGAGGGCGCACAACAGGGAAAGAUGCGCCAGGCCGCGGUCAUAGCCGGGCUCGUGCCGCAAACGCCUGCGGGACAGGCCCGCGUGCACUUCAUCACCGAAGGCGAAGCCAGCCUCAACUUCUGCAUUCAGAGCGGCCUGACGAACGAGACGAUGCAGGCCGGGCAGAGUGUCAUGAUCGUCGACGCGGGUGGAGGGACAGUAGACAUCAGCAGCUAUGGCUUCAUAUCUGUGUCGCCUCUCGCGGUCGAAGAGGUGACCUCGGCGGAUUGUAUCCUCCAAGGAUCGACCCGCAUCAACGCGCGUGCCGAGGCGCAUCUCAAAGAACUCCUGAAGGAAUCGGCUUUCGGCAACGACGAAGACAUUAAAUCAAUGCUCGACUACUUCGACAAGGCGACAAAGCCGGUCUUCAAGGACGAGAAGGAGUCAUCGUACAUCAAGUUCGGUUCUAUGGGCUGCAAUGAUCCAAAGGUCAAGAUUAGGCGCGGACAGCUCAUGCUCACCGGGGCGGACAUGUUGUCUUACUUUCAGCCGUCCCUGGACGCCACCAUCGCUGUUAUCGAGAAGCAGCAAAAGGGUGCGACGCGACCUCCAAGUACUGUAUUUCUUGUUGGCGGGUUUGCGGCGAGCCCUUGGCUCUAUGCCUCGCUCAAGAACCGCCUCAAAGACCUUGGCCUCACGCUCUACCGCCCGGACUCACACGCGAACAAGGCCGUCGCGAACGGCGCGGUCUGCUUCUUCCUCGAACACUUUGUCUCCGCGCGUGUGAUGAAGAUGACGUACGGCAUCAAUGUCGUCUUUGACUACAACCCCGUGGACCCAGAGCACCGCCAGCGGGCCUCGAACACGUUCACGCAGCAAUCCGGCCGCGUUGUCGUCCGUGACGGCUUCUCGCCCAUCCUCAAGAAGGGCACGCGCGUGCGCGAGACCGAGGAGGUCUCGCAGCCGUACCAUCAGGAGGCGCGCGACUCGCGCACGCUCGACAGCGUCGUGACGGAUAUCGUCGCCUACCGCGGGCCGACCGCGGACCCGCGCUGGACAGACCUCACGCCCGAGCUCUUCACACCGCUGUGCACCGUCGCGGCGGACACGUCGCGGGUGGCGCGCCAGACACGCCAGGGACCGAGCGGGGUCUACUACGACCUUCACUUCAAAGUUAUCCUGCUGUGCGGCCUCACAGAGCUCAAGGCACAGAUCAGCUGGACUGAGAAUGGUGUCGAGAAGCGUGGGCCUGCCAAGAUCGUCUACGAUGACGACUUGGAGGCGUCGCAGUGA